AUGAUCAGCGGAGUGGUCCAAGAUGUGGAUAUUUUGUCUUUUUCUUCUGUUUCCACUCGGGCUAUGAAAGGUCAAUGUCUGCACCGAUCGAAGCAUCGAAACCGAACCUUGGCAUUCCAGGAGGUCCAUUGUAUUAUGUUUGUCCAAUUGAUCGGAAGUUCUGAGGUCAUUAAGUCUGAGGUUAGGCAGCAAGUGGAGAUUUCUCCACGGUUUGAUCGGAUGGGACACUAUUGGGUUGGGUUCUGCCGAGGCAAGCCUCAGUUGCCCAAAGAUGCGGAUAGGUCGGUACUUGAGGAGAGGAGUUGUUUACAGAGAUUUUUUCAUCUUUCUACUUUCGAAAGUCGGACCCAUAGCAAAGCAGGACUCGAGCCCACGGCUAGAGGGUUUACGAGCCGGUGCGGUGUACGAUCCAUCCUUCCUCGAAGCAGCUGGAGAAGGCGCAGACCUAUUAUCCGAUUGAUCUGGUUGUGGAAGAAGGGAAGUCCCAGGAGGCCUAAAUGCAAUUUCGGCAGUACAAUACCAAUGUUUCAAAAAAGUCAGAAAAUAGGAUCCUUUGUUCAGAGCUAA